CAAACAGCCCCAAAAGCUCAAGAGUCUAAAGACUCCACUAACACAGCCAUUUCUUGUAGAACCACGAACAGUCGAAUCCUCAUGAACCCUACGCCAAGCAGAUGCCCUACCUCCUAUCGUCCGUUAAGUUCACCGCCCAGUUAGACUCGCUUCUCUACCGUUCUGCUGAUCUCUUCCUCUUUCGUCUCUGCACCUUUUCCACUGCCGCCUCUCCAUGGUUUCCCCUCCUCCGUGGCGCCGCCGCCUCCGGCGACCUUCAUCUCCUUCUUCGCUCUCACGCUACCAUCGUCACCUCCGGUGCCGGGUCCGACCGGUUCCUUACGAACAAUCUCAUCACAGCUUACUCGCAAUGCGGCUCCCUCACCAUCGCCCGCAAACUGUUCGACAAAAUGCUGUACCGGGAUUCCGUCACCUGGAAUUCCCUAAUCUCCGCUUACGCCCUCCAUGGUCUCACCUCCGAUGGUAUAGCUCUCUUCAAUCUAAUGCUUUGCUCGGCUGAGCCCCCUACUCAUCUAACAUUCACUCCUCUCCUUAAGCUUUGCUCGGGUUCACUAGACCUCCUUCCGACAUUGCAGUCCAUUCAUGGUUAUGCUGCUAGGAUUGGUUUGGACUCGGAUGCGCUCGUAUCAAGCGCUUUGGUCGGUGCUUACUCGAAAGUUGGAUUUUUGGGUGAUGCCCGUUAUCUGUUCGACAGAAUGGCUGAUAGAGACAUUGUGCUUUGGAAUGUAAUGAUUAAGGGGUAUUCUCAAAUGGGAUUGGCGAAAGAUUCAUUUUUGUUGUUUUCCGAGCUACAUCAGAGCGGUGAUCUUCGUCCAGAUGCUAUCAGUGUCCACUGCACCCUGAUGUGUACAGAAUCUGGUGAAAGAUUUGACCAAGUGCAGGCUUAUGGGAUUAAAUCCUCCCUUUUUGAUGAAAAAUGUGACGUAAUAACAUGGAAUAAGUCCAUGUCUGAUUAUGCCAAGGCUGGCAAUAAUGGUGCACUGAGUUGCUUUUUAGAGAUGAAGAGGCGUGAUGUGGAAAACGACCAUGUAACUCUUGUCAUUGUUCUAAGUGCCAUUACAGGUCAAAGAUCUUCUGAUGUUGGGAGACAGAUUCAUGCUUUGGCCAUAAAGGCUGGAUUUUGUUUGGAUGUUUCUGUUAUGAAUAAUCUUGUUAAUAUGUACUCGAAGAUGGGAAUUUUUUUCUAUGCAAUGAAAGUGUUUGAUGAGAUGGAAAAUUUAGAUUUAAUCUCAUGGAAUUCAUUGAUCUCUGGUGCCUUACAAAAUGGUUAUUCAGAAGUAUCAGUUCAGAUCUUCAUGGACAUGUCUAAGCGUGGCAUUCUUCCUGAUCAGUUUACUUUGGCAAGUAUCCUACAGGCAUGCUCAGCAUUAACCAAAAUCUCAUCUUUACAUGAACAGGUUCAUGCUCAUGCAAUCAGAAUGUGUUUGCUUGAUGAUAUAUUUGUGUUGACAGCGUUAAUUGAUGUUUAUGCGAAGAAGGGGUUCGCGGUAGAGGCAGAGUCCCUUUUCAAAGACAUGGACUGCUUUGAUUUAACUUGUUUCAAUGCUCUUCUUGCUGGUUAUAUAACAAACAAUGCCAGUUACAAGGCGUUGAAUCUUCUUGCAUCUUUACAUGAAAGUGGCGAGAGAUCCAAUCAUUUCACUUUAGCUUCCAUUCUGAAAGCCUGCAGCAAUUUAGUUUCUAUAGAGUGCGGCAAGCAAGUUCAUUCCCAUGCAAUGAAGCUGGGUUUCGACUCCGACAUAUGUGUAAGUAGCGGAUUAGUGGAUAUGUAUAUCAAGUGUGGUAAUGUAAAAGAUGCUUCUUCCACUUUUGAAGAAAUAUCUGAACCAGAUGAUGUUGCUUGGACAGCAAUAAUUUCUGGCUGUGUGGAGAAUGGUGAUGAGGACCAUGCCCUGAGGCUUUAUCGUCAAAUGAAGGAGUCUGGAGCACUGCCUGAUGAAUUCACCAUAGCUUCAUUACUCAAAGCUUGUUCUUGCUUGUCUGUAUUGGGUCUAGGCAAACAAAUCCAUUCAGAUUCAAUCAAAUUAAACUGUGCAUUUGAUGCUUUUGUUAGCACUUCAAUCAUGGACAUGUAUGCCAAAUGUGGGAAUAUCGAUGACUCUUUUCUUUUAUUUAAGAGGAUGAACUCGAAGAGCAUAGCUUCAUGGAAUGCCAUGAUACUAGGUUUUGCUCAGCAUGGAAAUGGAAUUGUUGCCCUUAACCUCUUCAAACAGAUGGAGUUAGAUGGAAUAAAACCUGAUAAAAUAACCUUCAUUGGAGUCAUUUCCGCUUGCAGCCAUGCCGGUCUGGUAUUCGAGGCUUACAACUAUUUCAACUCCAUGAGCCGAGAUUAUGCGAUCGAGCCAGAAGUAGAGCACUACUCUUGCUUAGUAGAUGUCCUCGGGCGAGCUGGACUUCUCAUUGAAGCCGAAGAAGUCAUCAAGAAGAUGCCUUUUGAACCUUCACCAUCUAUGCUCAGGGCUUUGCUUGGUGCCUGCAGAAUCAACGGUAACAAAGAAAUAGGACAGCGUGUGGCCACUACAUUACUGGAAUUGGACCCAACUGACUCCUCUGCUUAUGUUCUUCUCUCCAAUUUGUAUGCUUCUACAAGCCAAUGGGAAGAAGUAAAUGCUGCGAGGAAAAACAUGAAGAGAAGAAAUGUGAAGAAGGAUCCUGGAUAUAGUUGGAUUGAACAGAAAGACAAAGUUCACUUAUUCGUUGUUGAUGAUAGCUCCCACCCUGAAGCAGCUGCAAUACAUGAUGAACUUGAGGAUUUAAUGCAAAGGAUCAAGAAAGAGGGCUAUGUUCCUGAUACUGACUUUGUGCUUCUGGAUGUUGAAGAAGAGGAAAAAGAACGGUCUCUUUAUUAUCACAGUGAGAAGUUGGCAAUUGCUUAUGGUCUCAUCAGCACUCCACCACCACUGGCAAUUCGAGUGAUUAAGAAUCUCAGGGUCUGCGGUGACUGCCAUAAUGCCAUCAAGUAUAUAUCAAAGGUUGCUGGGCGGGAGAUUGUGCUGAGGGAUGCCAGUCGCUUCCAUUGUUUUAGAGAUGGGGUGUGCACAUGUGGUGAUUAUUGGUAAUCUGAAAACAUUCUUUUCUUUGUGGAAGUAUACAUGAUUUACUCGGGGGCUCUCGGUUGCAAGUUUUUUGAAUCAAGAAGCAUUUGAAAAUAUACCGGGCUUAGUUGAGUUGGUGGGUGAGCGUGGUUGGGAUCCUCUUAAGUCUCAACUCAUGUUUGAUUCCUCUCUUAUGCGGUGCGACUCCUUAAAUGAGGAGAAAAUAACUGUGUAGCACUGCACUUGUGGGGUUGGUUGCUGGUAGGCUGAUCGAGAGAUUAGUUACGUCACCAUGUGCCUCCUUUGGGGUGGCAGGGGUAGAUACCUCCAUUAAAAAAAACUAUUUUUUUAUAUUAAGGCUAAUGAUAAUGCUGAUAUAAAUAUUUGAAAUAUAAUGUAAGAUAAAUUUUAUAUAAUUAUAAUGCU